CAAUAUAAAUAGGAAAAAACCAAAGCAAAGAAGCAGCCUCCCCACUGUAACUGCAUCGUCAUCGUCAACCAAACCCCACGGGAUUUCGUGGACUUUUCUGAUCAAAAAUCAAAAGGCUCGCCUUUUCCCUUCUGGCUUCGUCUCAAGACUUCACGAGGUCAAAUGGCAAAGAGUUACUUCAAGCAAGAACAUGAUCUGGAGAAGAGACGGGCAGAGGCUGCCAGGAUCAGAGAGAAAUAUCCAGAUAGAAUUCCAGUGAUUGUGGAGAAAGCAGAAAGAAGUGAUAUCCCAAACAUUGAUAAGAAAAAGUACCUUGUCCCGGCUGAUCUAACUGUGGGACAAUUUGUUUAUGUUAUCCGCAAAAGGAUUAAGUUAAGUGCAGAAAAGGCGAUCUUUAUAUUCGUGGACAAUGUACUCCCACCAACAGGUGCAAUUAUGUCUGCCAUAUAUGAAGAGAAGAAGGACGAAGACGGGUUUCUCUACGUCACGUACAGCGGUGAGAACACAUUUGGUUAUCAAAUUCCACUGUAGAGCUCCCGAUUAUUUGGAUACCCCCAUCAUCUUCCGUUCCCGGCGCACAUUUGAUUUCAUCUUUGCUAUCUUCAUUUCCUUAUGCUGAUGCUUCUGUUAUUAUGCCUACUUCAUAAACAUCUUCGCGAUGAUAAUAUGUAUAGUCGCUUAUUGUACAUAAUCUCGAAGUUCUUGUUUAUGAUUAAAAUUUCAUGUUUGUUUCGUUUCAUAAUUAUUGAAUGAAGAUCACUGAUCAGUGCCAGUUUUAGCUGGUCAUGGUUA